GUGAAUUCCCCACAUAGUGAAGUCCUUUCAUCAGUUUUAUCUGUCUUGGGGAAGACGAAAGACCUUGUAGUUCCUAAUUUAAUAUUCGGAUUUCACUGCCAAAGAGGGAAACCCUCUGGCCAGGUGAACGACAUCGUGAGCAAUGUUCAGGAACCAGUACGACACGGACGUGACGACAUGGAGCCCCGCCGGUAGGCUGUUCCAGGUGGAGUACGCGAUGGAGGCAGUGAAACAAGGGUCCGCCGCAAUUGGACUCCGAUCCAAGACCCACGUGGUCCUUGCUUGUGUCAACAAGGCUAACUCCGAGCUUUCUUCUCACCAGAAAAAGAUCUUCAAGGUUGACGACCACAUCGGCGUUGCGAUCGCUGGUCUCACCGCCGAUGGUCGUGUUCUCUCCCGCUACAUGCGAUCCGAAUGUAUCAACUAUAACUAUACCUUCGAGUCUCCUCUUCCUGUCGGCCGACUCGUUGUUCAACUCGCUGAUAAGGCCCAGGUUUGUACUCAGCGAUCAUGGAAACGGCCUUAUGGUGUUGGUCUCCUGGUUGCUGGAUUAGAUGAAUCUGGAGCUCAUCUCUAUUACAACUGCCCGAGUGGAAACUACUUUGAAUAUCAGGCUUUCGCAAUUGGUUCUCGCUCACAAGCUGCAAAGACGUACUUAGAACGCAGGUUUGAGAAUUUUACGGGCUCCUCACGGGAAGAUCUGAUUAAAGACGCACUUAUUGCAACGAGGGAGACCUUGCAAGGGGAAAAACUCAAGAGUUCCAUAUGCACAGUUGCCGUGGUUGGAGUUGGUGAGCCGUUCCGCAUAUUGGACCAGGACACUGUACAACAGAUGAUUGAUGCCUUUGAAAUCGUGAGGGAGGAGGAAGUCCCUUCUGCUGAAUCUCAGCCAGCAAGUGGGGAGGAUGCCGGUGCUGAUCAUGGCCCGCCUGCUGAUCAAGGUGCUGGUGCAGACCAAGGUGUUGCUCCAAUGGAUAUUUGAUGACUUGAGAACCAGUAUCGCAGUUGUUGAAACGGAUCAUCUGGAGAUGAUUGGGUGGCAUGUUGAAUGUGUUUUGGGAUUGUGGGAAACGAAAUUUCUUAUGGAUCCUUUUCUUAAUCUGUUUGUUUGUACAAUUCAUCUCUGGCUCAUAAUUGUCAACAGUUUCAAGGCAGUUUCUUUUGGUCUUCCUCAGUGGCCGAUUUUCAAUAUGCUUAAAGAUAAAAUCUGCUGUGACAAAAAUGGUAGGCAGACUAGAGUGGCUGUGCUUAAUUAUUGUCGUGACUUUUUUUUUUUAACUUUGAAUUUGAACAAUUUUAGAGAGUUGUACUUA